CCCCUCGCGAAGCGACGGGCCGCUCGGGAACAUGGCCCUGGAGCAGCUCUGCGCGGUCCUCAAAGUGUUAUUAAUAACAAUACUUGUAGUCGAAGGGAUUGCUGUGGCCCAAAAGACCCAAGAUGGACAAAAUAUUGGAAUCAAGCAUAUUCCUGCAACCCAGUGUGGCAUUUGGGUUCGAACCAGCAAUGGAGGUCAUUUUGCUUCACCAAAUUAUCCUGACUCCUAUCCACCAAACAAGGAGUGUAUCUACGUUUUGGAAGCUGCUCCACGUCAAAGAAUAGAGCUGACCUUUGAUGAACAUUAUUAUAUAGAACCAUCAUUUGAAUGUCGGUUUGACCACUUGGAGGUUCGAGAUGGGCCAUUUGGUUUCUCUCCACUUAUAGAUCGUUAUUGUGGUGUGAAAAGCCCUCCACUAAUUAGAUCAACAGGGAGAUUCAUGUGGAUUAAGUUUAGUUCUGAUGAAGAACUUGAAGGACUGGGAUUUCGAGCAAAAUAUUCAUUUAUUCCAGAUCCAGACUUUACUUACCUAGGAGGUAUUUUAAAUCCCAUCCCAGAUUGCCAGUUUGAGCUCUCGGGAGCUGAUGGAAUAGUGCGUUCUAGUCAGGUAGAACAAGAAGAAAAAACAAAACCUGGCCAAGCAGUUGAUUGCAUAUGGACAAUUAAGGCUACUCCAAAAGCCAAGAUUUAUUUGAGGUUCCUAGAUUAUCAAAUGGAGCACUCAAAUGAAUGCAAGAGAAACUUCGUUGCAGUUUAUGAUGGAAGCAGUUCUAUUGAAAAUCUGAAGGCCAAGUUUUGCAGCACUGUGGCCAAUGAUGUGAUGCUGAAAACAGGAGUUGGAGUGAUCCGAAUGUGGGCAGAUGAAGGUAGUCGGCUAAGCAGAUUCAGAAUGCUCUUUACUUCCUUUGUGGAGCCUCCCUGCACAGGUGGCACUUUCUUCUGCCACAGCAACAUGUGCAUCAACAGUUCUUUAGUGUGUAACGGUGUUCAGAACUGUGCAUACCCUUGGGACGAAAAUCACUGUAAAGAAAAGAAAAAAGCAGGACUAUUUGAACAAGUCACUAAAACCCAUGGAACAAUUAUUGGCAUCACAUCAGGGAUUGUCUUGGUCCUUCUCAUUAUUUCUAUUUUAGUACAAGUGAAACAGCCUCGAAAAAAGGUCAUGGCUUGCAAAACUGCGUUUAAUAAAACUGGAUUUCAGGAAGUGUUUGAUCCUCCUCAUUAUGAACUGUUUUCCCUACGGGACAAAGAGAUUUCUGCAGACCUAGCCGACUUGUCAGAAGAACUGGACAACUACCAGAAGAUGCGGCACUCCUCCACUGCCUCCCGGUGCAUUCAUGACCAUCACUGUGGGUCACAAGCACCCAGUGUCAAACAGAGCAGGACCAACCUGAGUUCCAUGGAACUGCCUUUCCGAAAUGAUUUUGCACAACCACAGCCAAUGAAAACAUUUAACAGCACUUUUAAAAAGAGUAGCUACACUUUCAAACAGGCACAUGAGUGCCCUGAACAGGCCCUAGAAGACAGAGUAAUGGAGGAGAUUCCUUGUGAAAUUUAUGUCAGAGGGCGAGAAGAUUCUGCACAAGCAUCCAUAUCCAUCGAUUUUUAAUCUUCUACUAAGGGGACAUUAAUUAUUAAGUGUGUAUGUAUGCUACAGAGCACCCAUACUCUUCAGCAGCCAGCCCUUUUCUCCUAUCAAAACUAGCAAGACCUUCAUUCCCACUAACCUACUGUAACAGUGAAGUGUGUUAAACCAACCAAGGGACCUCCUCCGGUCCAUGAACAAAAUAACUCACUAUUGCUUGGUGUCAUACACACAAAGUACCAGCGAAAUAGCAUUUGAAGAGCGGGGGGGUGGUGCUGAGCCAGGCUCAGGCUGCCUGUUAGGCUUAGCAACAGGAAUACUGCUCUGGAUUGGUACAGCUUGUCAACAUUCUGAUCCCACAAUAAGUUUAAAAAUAAGAUUUGUCUCUACAUUCCUUUUGUUUUUU